GUUUCGAGUUGUUUUCGUUGGACAGUGUCAAAAGUGUCAGAAGUAAUAAGAGCAUAACGUGAGGGUAAUGAGGCUGAGGAGUUCAGCAUAAAAAUCCGAGGAGACUUCGAUGCAGAUAACUCGGGGUCAAUGCCCAUUUCAAUGUAAAUACGCAAAUACAACAUUAGGAGUGACACUAAUUCGAGGCCUCGUGAUAAUGGACAUAUGGUCGUGAUAAGUCUAGUAAAUCCAUGAUAAAUCCUCACAUUCAAUUAAGAUGAAGUCUGCUUUGUGCGCUGUGUGGAUAUGGUGAUACUAUUAUCUGUCAAAUAACAGAGGUCCGACGCGAGCCAAUGUCCAUCGGGUAAAAUAUUCCCUCAUUUUUAUUUUCUUCCUCUUGAUUUCAUUUAUUCCUCAAUUUUGGGAUUUUUAUGCGCUUUUGAUGUGGAUAAAAUCUGUGGAUUUAUGAGCCGUAAACAUGAGCAUUUUGAGAAAAAGAUUGAUUGAGUUCGAGGAAGCACUGAAUGAGGAGGAAAUUGAUAUCUCCCAUCUCAAACGAAUAUGUUUUCACGGAAUUCCUGACGAAGGAGGCUUGAGAUCUCUCUGUUGGAAAUUAUUACUCAACUACCUCCCAUUAACAAAAUCAGAUUGGGAAGAAACACUCAAGCGGAAGCGAGAUUUAUACAACACUUUUAUAGCUGAUUUAAUCGUAAUGCCAGGUGAGAAAACUCACGAUGGCGAAAGAGUGGACGUAACUCUUCACGAUCACCCCCUGAACUCGAGUCCUGGCAGUAAAUGGCAGACGUUCUUCAAAGAUAACGAAGUUUUGCUGCAGAUUGAUAAAGACGUUAGGAGACUGUGCCCCGACAUAUCGUUCUUCCAACAGGGCACGGAUUAUCCUUGUCAGGCUAUUGUUGAUGCGAAUGGGCCAAAACGCUUGCAUUGCAGAGUGCAACAUACUGUACUGAGAAGUGCUAACGUUGAGAGAAAAGGUUUAGGUGUGACAAAGAUCGCAGUAUCUGUUCGGAAAGCCCCGGAAGAUUAUGCCCCAUUGACCGAGGGUGGUGAGGCCCACUGGGAAGUGCUAGAGAGAAUUCUGUUCCUCUACGCGAAAUUGAACCCGGGCCAGGGAUACGUACAGGGUAUGAACGAAAUUGUGGGACCCAUUUAUCACGCAUUCGCAUGUGACCCGGAUGCCAAGUGGCGUGAGUGGGCUGAGGCUGACACUUUUUUCUGCUUUACCAAUCUCAUGGCAGAGAUCAGAGAUUUCUUCAUCAAGUCUCUGGACGAGGCUGAGUUUGGGAUUAAUGCCAUGAUGAUUAAACUCAGUCAACAGGUCAAGGCCAAUGAUCAUGAGGUGUGGAUGAGACUGCAACAGCAAGAUCUUUGUCCACAAUAUUACAGUUUCAGAUGGCUGACACUGCUACUCUCUCAAGAAUUCCCAUUGCCUGACGUUAUGAGAAUCUGGGAUUCCCUCUUUGCCGACGAGAAGAGAUUCAGCUUUUUAAUACACAUUUGUUGUGCUAUGAUACUAUUACUCAGAGAUCAGUUGUUGGAUAAUGAUUUUGCUACCAAUGUCAAACUUUUACAGAACUUUCCGUCGAUGGAUAUUCAGAUCGUACUGUCCAAAGCAGCUACUCUGGCGGGGAAAACAUUGGAUACUCCUUAAUUAUGCUCUCAAGAUUUAUCAAAUAUACAUAUAUUUUUUUUCCACCUGAAUACCAUAUUUUUUGUAUAUAACUUGGAACGAUUAAUCUCGAAGAUAUAUUCGUACCAUAUGAUACUUUCUAACUGAGAUACAAUUUCUUCCAAUUGACUGAAGAAUAGUGUGUGCGAAAAAAAUUAAUAGCAAAACUUACAGAAUUCUGCAGACAAUUUCAUUGGAUUUGGAACUGUUCAAUGGAGAGAGUAUUCUAUAGAAAAAAUCAAUGGAAUCAGCUAUUUCUAUACAACUUAUUCUUUUCAGAUAUUUUCUACACAAAAUCCUCUGCUCCAAUUUUCUAAGUUUUUGUUUAAUGUCUUUACUGAAAAGAGAAGCAAAUUAGAGUGAAAAAACUUGAGAAAUUAAUAUCGAGGAAUUCCAGCAGAAAAUGUCGCAAUAGAAAAAGUUGUGUAGAAAGAUGAAAUUUUACUGAUUUUCUGUCAAAUAGUUUCUAUAAAUCUAGGAAAAUUGCGGAAUUCUUCUGUAGAAUCGACGAAGAACUAACAAAAAUCCAAUGGAACUUUCAAUCGCAUUCGCCACGUUUUUCCAUGAAAUUUUUUCGUUCUUGAUUUGUCAUAUUUUUUAUUCAAAUUCACUUCAACGGGUGAACACAUCGUAUUGCUUUUAUGUUUGAACCGAUUCCCUUCAUUCAUCAUUGUUCAAGAAUUUCAGAAUUACAAGAACGAAUCAAUUGUUUUUUCUAUAAUAAAGAAACCAUGCUCAAGCCGAAUUUAAGAGACGAUAAGUUAACUCUGCAAAAAUUUGAAGUGAUCUUAUUCAUAUCAUCGGAGACUAGAGCAAAGUAGUAGCGAUCAUAACAAUCGAAACAUGAUUGCACGUAUUGUGAUCUAAACCAAAACACGUCCGAAUUGAAAAGUACGAAGACGGUGAAAUUAUUGCAUGGGCAAUCCUCGCGAUGUCCUCAUUCGUCAUUUCAGUUUUACUCAAUUUUACACGUAAUUUUAGGAGUAGAAGUUAUCACUUUCCUACAGAGUAUCGGUUACAAUGAAUGCUAGGUAUAUUGAUGAGUCGUAUGUGAUGAACAGUUUUAUUUUUGGAACGCUCUAGCGUUAUUUACUCCUUUACUUAUGUUUAUCGUGAAAUUAAAAACAUUGUUUGAAAAUAUAA